GGUUUCCCGGUUCCUUCCACAUGGAGAGAGCUGACCGGUAGCAAGUCUUCCGGUCUUGUUCUUCUUCUUCUUCUUCUUCUUCCCAAACCCUUCUUUAGGGUUGCGUUUUGUUGGCAGAAAACUCUGUUUUUUUCCCAAAUUCUUGGAUAAAAUAGCAAUUUGAUGAUGUAGGAAGCAAAGGCAGGUCAACUUCAACAAGUUCUGCUUGUUCUUCCAUCCAUAGUUUUCUCCUCCUGAGACUGCUGAGGAGAGGAGACUUAGAGCGGCAGAAGAAUGGGAGAGGAAAUCUACAUCGAAUCUGAAUUGAAUACUGAAUCCACUGUUCCGCUGAAGAUUCAGUGCCUCCGAAUCGAGAUUCCAUCAACCAAAACAGUUUCUUGUUCUCGGAGAAACGAUGGAACAAGGCUGAUAAAUUUCUUCAGAGCUUGCUGUUGCAGAAAAAUCUCACCUUUCUUUCCCAUAGAUGUGCACAGUUUUCCGGCGAACUUCAUUAAAAAGAUGAACUUGAUCUGCCUUAUAGAUCUCUGCAAGGAAUGGAUCAAGCAUCCUAUGAAUAUCGCUCUUCUCAUAUGGUCCAUCUGCGUCGCUUCAUCUUCCUCCAUGCAAGCUCUGCUCCUUCUCGGAAUGCUGAACAGAGAAUUUCCUGCAAAAUCUUCUCAAAACCGCUGGAUUGAAAUCAAUAACCAAGUUCUUAAUGCUCUGUUCACUCUGAUGAGUCUUUACCAACAUCCGAAUCUUCUCCACCAUCUGGUUCUUCUGUGCAGGUGGAGAUCAGAAGACAAAGUGGAGCUGAGAAAGAUUUACUGUAAGAACGGGGCUCAAAAGCCCAACGAACGGGCUCACAUGGCAGUCAUCGUUCUCCUUCUCCACAUAACCUGUUUCUCUCAAUACAUCUUAUGUGGACUCUACUGGGGCUACACCAUAACCACCAGACCAGAACUCCUUGAAAACCUCUUCAACGCCAUUGGCUUCCUAGCUCCAGUUUUCGCUGCUGCGUACACCAUCUACAGUCCCCUUGGAAAAAAAGACAUCUUUGGUUUAGACGAUACUGAAACAGUGAAGAAGCUGGAGAUGAGUGGAGAAAGAGCUUCAGUUACUAAUCCGGAGUGGAAUGGAGCAGUAUUCGAUUGUGGAGAUGAUGUUUCAGUAAGCUUGCUCUCAUUCUUCUGCAUCUUCUGCGUCUUCGGUUGGAACAUGGAAAGAAUUGGAUUUGGGAACAUGUAUGUUCACAUCUCCAUGUUCUUCCUCCUCUGCUUCGCGCCUGUGUGGAUAUUUGGCAUUUCAGCUCUGAAUAUAAGCAAUGGCUGCAUUAGAAAUGUGGUGGCGAUAUCAGGAAUGGUGUUAUCUCUGUGCGGAUUGAUCUAUGGAGGUUUCUGGAGAUCGAAAAUGCGGGAAAGAUUCAAGCUUCGGGGGAAUGGAUUCUGCUGCGGCUCUGAAACGGUGACUGAUUAUGUGCAGUGGCUGUUCUGUUGUUGGUGCUCUCUGGCUCAGGAGGUGAGGACUGGGAGUUUGUACGAGGUUGAAGAUGGAGGGAUUUACAGAAAGGAUUUGGAUGGAGAAGAUGAAGUAAGUCUGUUGCUUUGCCCUCUGCCUCGUGAGAGUAAAGCGAGCUCUGAAACCAGAGGAUGGAGCUCUGUGAAUGAUAUAAAAUUGCCACCUUUGCAGCAGCUGAUAGAGGUGGUGUGAGGGGACUGUAAAAAUGCCACCUUUAUUACAUACAUGACACAUAAUUCUUUUAUAUUUACAAUUCUAAUAUUUAAUUUUGCAUAUUUAUAAAUGUGACACUCGAAAAGGUUAUGACACUAAAUUGUUAUAAAUGUAAAUUAGACUUUAGGUGUUAGCUUAAUAAAAACA